GUCGCUGUCCCGGGAACACCUUUUCCUGCAGGAACAGCCAGUGCGUGAGCAAGGUGAACCCAGAGUGUGACGACCACUUGGACUGUGCCGAUGGUUCUGAUGAAGCCCACUGUGACUGCGGUUUGCAGCCGGCCUGGAGGGCUGCAGGGAGGAUCGUGGGUGGCGUGGAAGCGUCUCCCGGGGAGUUCCCGUGGCAAGCCAGCCUCCGAGAAAACCACGAGCAUUUCUGCGGGGCUACGGUGGUGAAUCAGAGAUGGCUGGUGUCUGCCGCACAUUGCUUCAACGAGUUCCAGGACCCGACGGAGUGGGUGGUCUACGUGGGCACGACCUACCUCAGCGGCUCCGAGGCCAGCACCGUGCGUGCCCGGGUUUCACAGAUCAUCAAACACCCCUUUUACAACGCUGACACAGCUGACUUUGACGUGGCCAUGCUGCAGCUGGCCAGCCCGCUGCCCUUUGGCCGGUACAUCCAGCCCGCCUGUCUCCCAGCCGCCUCUCACAUCUUCCCACCCCGGAAAAAGUGCCUCAUCUCAGGCUGGGGCUAUCUCAAGGAAGACUUCC